AGCGGGGAGGUCCUAGGGUUGGGAAACCAGUGCAGCCUCUCCUCUAUGGUCGCGGGCGGGGGGCUCCCACCGCGGCAGUCCGCGCUGACCUACUUCCGGAAGUAAAGCAGCCACCUCCUUUGCUUCCGCGGGGGUCGGGACUAGGGUCCUCCAGGCGAGAUAUCGGAGCGAUCGCAGAGAUUUAAUGAUGAUUUGCAGCAAUUUUCUAAGUCUGAAAUUCUCUAUGUCUGUGGAUCCCAGAAUUUGCUGAGAUGGAGAAGUCAGAGCAAAAUGAUCGGGACAACUUGAGCCAUGAUAAAGAUAAUCCUGUCAAGAACAUCAGCCCUCAGAUUUCUGUUAGUGAAUUUUCUUGCCACUGCUGUUAUGACAUCCUGAUCCAUCCCACCACCUUGAACUGUGGGCAUAGUUUCUGUCGGCAUUGCCUCGCUUUAUGGUGGGUGUCUUCAAAGAAAACAGAAUGUCCUGAAUGCAGAGAAAAAUGGGAAGGUUUCCCCAAAGUCAAUAUUCUCCUCAGGGAUGCCAUUGAAAAAUUAUUUCCUGAUGCCAUUAGAAUGAGACUUGAAGACAUUCAGCAAAAUAGUGACAUAGGCCAGAGUCUUGCAGCCUUUCAGAAAUACGGGAAUGAUCAGAUUUCUUUAGCUUCCAACACAGGCCGAGUCAUUCAACAGAGAGGAGGGGGAUUCUUUUCUGGAGUACUCACAGCUUUAACUGGUGUAGCAGUGGUCUUACUUGUGUACCACUGGAGCAGCAGGGAAUCUGAGCACGACCUCCUGGUCCACAAAGCUGUGGUCAAAUGGACGGCAGAAGAAGUUGUUCUGUGGCUGGAACAGCUGGGCCCUUGGGCCUCUCUCUACAGAGACAGGUUUUUAUCUGAAAGAGUAAAUGGAAGAUUGCUUUUAACUUUGACAGAGGAGGAGUUUUCGAGGGCACCAUAUACUAUAGAAAACAACAGCCACAGAAGAGUCAUCCUCAUGGAACUGGAGCGUGUCAAAGCACUGGGUGUGAAGCCCCCCCAAAAUCUCUGGGAAUAUAAGGCUGUGAACCCGGGCAGGUCCCUGUUCCUGCUGUAUGCCCUCAAGAGCUCCCCCAGACUCGGUCUACUGUACCUUUACCUGUUUGACUACACAGACAGCUUCCUGCCCUUCAUCCACACCAUCUGCCCUCUGCAAGAAGAUGGCUCUGGGGAAGACAUCAUCACUAAGCUUCUGGAUCUUAGAGAGCCCACCUGGAAGCAGUGGAGAGAAUUCCUUGUGAAAUACUCCUUCCUUCCAUAUCAACUGAUUGCUGAAUUUGCUUGGGACUGGCUGGAGGUCCAUUACUGGACAUCACGGUUUCUUAUCGUCAAUGCCAUGUUACUUUCAGUGCUGGAAUUAUUCUCCUUUUGGAGGAUCUGGUCAAGAAGUGAACUAAAGACUGUGCCUCAGAGGAUGUGGAGCCAUUUUUGGAAAGUAUCAACGCAGGGGCUUUUUGUAGCCAUGUUCUGGCCCCUCAUUCCUCAGUUUGUUUGCAACUGUUUAUUUUACUGGGCCUUGUACUUUAAUCCAAUUAUUAACAUUGACCUUGUGGUCAAGGAAGUCCGACAGCUAGAAACCCAAGUGUUGUGACUGGCACUGCUGAGGAAUUCUUCACGCCUCCCUGGCAUCCAUGUUUUGAUGCUGCAGUUGGGUCUCUUCAGGAGAGAGGAAGAGAGGGGACUUCGGAAUUUCUGUUCCAAGCAAGCAAGGUGCCUCUUCAUCUGUCAAAUGUUAAAACCAGGUCCUCUCUCUCCCUUAGCCUAUGACUUUGUAGCAGUAGCGACUGGCAUCCCAUAGCUUGACUGACAGCAGUUUCCUGCCCAGCCAUCUCUCUCACAGGACUUUGGGGGGCCCAAUCCACGGCAACAGGCCAGAACCUAGGAUCCUCAGAGGACUUGGUAUCAGUGACACUGCAAGGCUGUCAUGGUGGCAUUUCCCCCUUGUCCAGAACUCAGUGACUAAUGGGCUCCCAAGGAAAGUUGGAGCUCUGAGAUUGAGCUUAAAAACCAAGCUUGUUGGGAUUAGGCCUAGAUGAAGUUUAUGAAAGUGAAGAGAAGAUUUUGUUACAGGCAGAGAUACACAUUAAAAACAAAACAAGGAAACUCACAUUUAGGUCUAUGAUUCUUAUGGAAGAGUUGCUAGAAGAUUUUAGAAUAAAACCUCUAAAAGGAUUCUGCUUGAGACUAGAAAUGUUGGUUAGACUUGUCAUUGCCUUCUACUUGAAAUCACUCUUUCUCUGAGGGGCAACAUGAAGUGAGUGGGAUGGAAGGAGGUUAAUGACAUCAGGCUGAACUGCCUCAGUGCCACUUAAAAUUAUUGCUGGAGGGAUUAAGUUGUCUUGUCUUUAAGAAUUUAAUCUGGGAGUUGGGUGUUAACGCAGCAGGUUAAGCGCAGGAGGCACAAAGCACGGGGACUGGCAUAAGGAUCCCGGUUCGAGCCCCCGGCUCCCCACCUACAGGGGGAAAGCUUCACAAGUGGUAAAGCAGGGCUGCAGGUGUCUCUCUGUCUCUAUCCCGCUCUAACAUCCCCUUCCCUCUCAAUUUCUGGCUGUCUCUAUCCAAUAAAUAAAGAUUUAAAAAUUCUAAAAAAAAAAAAAAAAGAAGAAGAAUUUAAUCUGUAAAAUAAAUUUCAGGAUUGUCCUUUUAUUCAAGAAAAUUUUGUACAUUGAUCUUACACUGUAUAAUCUCUACUGUCCUUUUCUGAUGUAUGAAACAGCAAGUAUAAUUACACCAAGUGCUAUAAUUGUACAUAUAAUUGAGAUAAACUCUGGCCUUUUUUUUUUCUCCCUUUCGGUGUGAAAAUAGCAGGUGUGAAAUGUGUCCAUCAAAGGCUAGUCCCACAAAGAUAAGCUUGCAUCCAAAGUGGUUUUUUUUGCGUAUGUGUGUGUAUCUCCAUGAACCAUUCAUUAAUCCUUUGUAUCUGAAGAGUCAACUCAAACUUUGCAUCUGAAAGUUUGAAGAAAUUAUUUGAAAUAAAAAUAAAGCUUUUUUAUACAGUUAA